AUGGGACAGGGAUACUCAACAACUCUCCCGACGGGCCCAAAUGCGCUCGAAUCAGCUGAAUCACCCGACCUCAUCUUUGAGAAGCCUUUAGGCGGCACUCGCUUCCUCCGUACUGUGCGAGCACGCCACCAGGCUGGCGUUGUGGUGGCCAAAGUAUGUGUCAAGGCGAAUCCCAACAUCUCCUUCAAGCAAUAUGCACGAGCACUUCGGCAGGAACGUCAAGCGCUAGCGGACAUUCCAAAUGUACUGCCCUACCAGCGCAUCCGGGAAACGAGUACGGUAGGCUUGCUCGUGAGGCAGUACGUCCACUCGUCGCUAUAUGAUCGCAUCAGCAUACGACCCUUCUUGGAGACCAUCGAGAAGAAAUGGAUUGCGUUCCAGCUCCUCUGCGCUGUGCGCGACUGCCAUGCACGCGGCGUGUUCCAUGGUGACAUUAAGUCGGAAAACGUGGUGGUCACCUCGUGGGGUUGGGUGUACUUGACUGACUUCGCGGCCACCUUCAAACCGGUCUACCUGCCGGAAGACAACCCUGCCGACUUUUCAUUCUACUAUGAUACAUCUACGCGACGAACGUGCUACAUCGCACCGGAGCGCUUCUUGGCCGCUGGCGACCAGCAAAGGGAGGACAAUGAGGUCCAGUGGAACAUGGAUAUCUUUAGCCUUGGCUGUGUUCUUGCGGAGCUCUUCACUGAGACUCCAACCUUCACCCUGAGCCAGCUGUUUCGCUAUCGUAAAGGCGAGUAUGAUCCCACGGUUUCUCUACUCAACAAGAUCGACGACGACCAUGUCCGGGCGCUCAUCGCAAGCAUGAUCCGCCUCAACCCGGAAGACCGAUGGCACGCGCAAGACUACCUUGACGAGUACAGAUCGAAAGCUUUCCCGCUGUAUUUCUACCAGCAUCUGCACGUUCUGAUGCAGGAACUGACCGACCCGACAUCCGGCCGCACGUCGGUGGCGCCCCGCGAAAAGAACAAUGGAAUUGCUGACGACCGCAUCGAUCGGGUGUAUGAAGACUUCGAGAUGCUUGCCGUGUCUCUAGGUUACACGAGCCCGAACUCGCCGUCCGAAGUGGCACCUACAAGCUCCGUGGGCGGACUGUUCCCACUACAUAUCGACCUGCCCAACAAUCGUCACACUGCCAAUCCGUCACUGAUACCGCGCGGCGAGAAUGGUACAUUCAUACUUCUCAACGUCAUCACUUCGUCCGUCCGAAGUGCUGGAAGGGCGUCCAGCAAGAUUCGGGCUUGCGAGCUUUUGUUAGCUUUCGCCGAGCGUGUGCCUGACGAAGCCAAGCUUGACCGCAUACUACCCUACGGCAUGCCAUUGCUGGAUGAUGCAGACACGAUGGUCCUGGUCGCUGCGCUGAGAACAAUGACACAACUAUUAGCCUUGGUCACCGUGGCAUCUCCAGUCAAUUCCUUCGUCUUCACACAAUACAUCUUCCCGCGGCUCCAGGCCUUUGUCAACACGAAGAACUUCAAAGAGAAACCGAUAGUGCGUGCGAAUUAUGCAGCCUGCCUCGCCAGCUUGGCAGAAACGGCUUCUCGAUUUCUAGACAUGAUGCAAGCUUUGCGUGCAGAAGGAUCGUUACCUUCGGCAGGCAAGGACGCAGAAGAUGGUACGGACGAGUACGCUGCGUACCACGACGCUUAUGACACAACUCGCCUCGAAGUGCUCGAGGCGUUCGAGGCCCAGACCAAGGUCUUCGUCACGGACAACGACACAGCGGUACGGCGGGCAUUUCUCCGCUCAGUGCCGAGCCUGUGUGUUUUCUUCGGCGAGGCUCGAGCAAGCGACAUUAUCCUCAGCCAUCUCAACACCUAUCUCAAUGAUCCUGACUGGCAACUGAAGUGUGCAUUCUUCCGCACAAUAGUCGGCGUAGCUGUCUAUGUCGGCAGCGCUGGCUUGGAAGAGUUCAUCCUGCCGCUGAUGCUUCAAGCGCUGGCAGACCCUCAAGAGUUUGUCGUAGAGCAAGCACUGCGCUCAUUGGCGAGCAUGGCAGAGAUCGGACUGCUACAACGUCCAAAGACAUGGGAACUCAUCGAUACUAUCGCCCGCUUCGAGCUUCAUCCUAACGCCUGGGUUCGAGAAGCUGCAUCGCACUUUGUCUCUGCUGCGACGACACACUUGUCAGUGGCAGAUGUUCGCAUACUUGUCUCGCCUCUCGUCCAACCAUAUUUGAAGGUGCCACUCAGUACGGCCUCGGAGUCAGAACUUCUUGAUGCACUCAAGAAACCUCUCCCAAGGACCGUGCUGGAUCUCGCGCUAGAUUGGGCUAAGCGGGUGGAUAAGGGUGUGUUCUGGAAGUCAGCAAAGGAGUCGAAGCAAUUGUCUUACCGCGGAGUCGCUCAGAUGCCUCCCACCUCAUCCGUCGCAGAUCUUGGCUCGAAAGUCAUGAGUAGACUUCCCAAGACUGACGAAGAUGAGCAAUGGCUCGGUCAACUGCGUAAUGCUGGCAUGCGGAACGAAGACGAGAUGAAGCUCCUCGCUUUCCGCGAGUACCUCUGGCGAGCAGCACAGCGAAUGAAGAAAAGCGCAGAUCCAACGACUGACAACGCAUACGAGCAGAUCGUGCAGCUGUCAAAGCACGGUCUCACCCCACAGACUGUCAUCUUCGACAACUCUGUUGAGAAAUACGAGCAGCGCAUGCAGGACCAGAUUCACGCUGACAAGACGAUUGCGGAGGCAUUGCAAGAGGCCACCGACGCAAAUGCAGGGACGGUGAUGAAGCAGCUAUCUGCUCCGCCCGAUGUGGCCACCGACGAUGCAACGGCGGCUGGCAGGCUCGACACACCUUUUGUGGGAAGCCGGAGAACCUCGCCGCGGCCUCACCGACCGAAUAGGUUGGAACGAGCAGCAAGCCAGCAAGUGGUCCACAACUACGCUGGCAAUGACCCGACAAUACUUAAAUUGCUCGAUGCUGUCUAUGUAGAGAACUUUCCUGCAGACGCUGCAGAGUUUGGACCUCUGAUACAAUCUCCUCGACGUGGCCCUAUUCUGAACGCGAACACUGUCCCCAAUACCGAUUCUAAGGCUAAACAAACUACGUGGAAGCCAGAAGGCGUGUUAGUAGCAGUCCUCGGAGAACACACGGACUGCGUCACGCGCAUCGUUGUGGCUCCGGACCAUGUCUUCUUCCUGACAGGCUCUGAUGACUGCUCGGUCAAGGUUUGGGAUAGUGGCAGGCUUGAACGUAACGUAACGCACCGUUCCCGCUUGACGUACCGGAUAGGCCAAGGGGUGAAGAUUACAAGCUUGUGCUUCGUCGAGUCCACGCACACCUUUGUCUGCACAGGCUCCGAUGGCAGCGUGCAUGUUGUCAAGGUCGAGUGCUCGGAGGUAAAUGAGUCAGUGAAGUAUGGGAGACCACGCACACUUCGUCGUUGGCAACUUCCUACAAGCAGUCCUGGCGAGUAUGCCGUGUGGUCUGAACACUACCGCGGCGAGUCCGCCAGCACGCUUAUGCUUGCCACCAACCUCGGCCGCAUAUUAGCCGUCGAUCUGCGCUACAUGACAGUUAUAUAUGAUCUGCUCAAUCCACCUCAGCACGGUACGCCGACAUGCUUCUGCUUAUCUAAGAGACAAGAGUGGCUUCUUGUCGGCACGGCGUACGGAGUGCUGGACCUGUGGGAUCUACGCUUCCGUCUGCGUCUGCGGUCAUGGGCAUUCCCUUCGGCUACAGCAAUCACACGACUACAACUCCAUCCUAGCAGAAAGUCGGCGAAGAGGAACAGGGUAUGCGUAGCAGGAGGCACCGCCAACGGAGAAGUGACCGUAUGGGAUGUAGAAAAGGUCAUCUGUCAUGAGGUCUACAGACCAGCGGUCACGCAGGCUACAGAUCGACUACAUUUGCGAGAUUAUGAACUGCGAAACCUGGAGGACGAACGGUCUGAUGGCUUGCUGAGCCGUAUCGCGCGCGCCGGUGCGAGCGACGCAAAGCUUACCGACCCAACUGCUGUCGCUCCUGUAGUGACGUCGUCACUCUUCUUUGGCCUGCAUCAUACUUCCAAUGAUGCAGAAGCGGCGCAUGCCUUUGCACUCACUGGUGGUCCGGACAACAAGGUCCGCUUCUGGGAGUGCGAUCGCGUGGAGGGUUGUCGGGUUGUCAGCGGAGCUUUACCCGAGGACAAGCCUCCAACUUACACAUAUAGCCAGCUCGGCCUUGACACCCGUGUGCUGUCCGAGAACAUCGCGGAGACUGACCAUGCAAACGCAGCGACCUCGAGUGUUAGCGCUGCGGAAUCGAACAAAAGCGCGCCUAAUACGUCGCCCAAACGGACUGGCACUGGGCCCAAGGUGGCCGGCAAGCCUUCGCGAUACGAGACCAUACGUACAUCCGCGCAGCAUCUGCUGGGAGGGCAUCUGGAUGCAAUCACGGACGUGGCACUGCUCGAACGCCCGUUUGGUAUGGUGAUUAGUGCGGACCGCUUGGGGCAGGUGUUCGUGCACCAGUGA